AUGGGUAUUACAGUUAUCGGAUCUUUAAAUUAUGACCUGGUCACUUAUACAGAUCUUGUUCCAUCAUCAGGUGAAACCAUUAGAGCAAACAAGUUUGAGACUCAUCCAGGUGGUAAAGGUUCAAACCAAUGUAAUUCAAUUGCAAAAUUAAAAUCCAAAAAUUUGGAUUAUAAAGUAAAAAUGAUUGGUUCAGUGGGUAAUGAUUCUUUUGGUACUCAGUUAGUUGAUCUCUUAAAGCAAAAUAAUGUUGACGUGACAGAUUUAGCAGUGUUGGACAAUUAUCAAACUGGUAUUGCCACAAUUUUAGUAGAAGAAGCCACAGGUCAAAAUAGAAUCUUGAUUGCAGAAGGUGCUAAUGGUCAAUCUGUCUAUACCCCGACACAAUUAGAAAAAUUGUUUCCUCAGUCAUUACAGUCAUUACAAAACGAUGAACAGGAUGAAUAUAUCGUCUUUCAACAUGAAAUCCCUGAUCCUUGUUCAAUCAUGAAAUGGUUGAAAGAAAAUAGGUCAACGUAUCAAAUCAUUUAUAAUCCUUCUCCUUUCAAAAAACUAUCAAGGGAACAAUGGUUAUUAUCAGAUAUUCUUGUUGUUAAUGAAAUUGAAGCUAUGCAAAUUGUUGAAAGUGUAUAUCCAAAGGAAGAACAUACUGCUUAUAAAUUAGCAAUUGAAAAAAAUUUUAUUGAAGCUUAUAAGACAUUGUGUACAGAUUUUCAAAAGAAGUUGGUUAAUCAACAAAAUAGUGCCACAGUUAUUAUAACUCUUGGGUCAAGGGGUGUCUUAUUCUGUUCAAAAAAUGAACCUACUGUAGGCUAUUUACCAGCUGUUUCUGGAAUUAAAGUUGUAGAUACUACUGGAGCUGGGGAUACCUUCUUAGGUGGUAUUGUAAGUCAAUUAUAUGAAAAAAAAAGUUUGGCAGAUGCUGCCUUGUUUGCAACAACAGCAAGUUCUUUAGCUAUUCAAAAAAGAGGUGCUGCAGAAAGUAUUCCAACACAUCUUCAAGUACUUACUACGAUAAAGCAAUAA